UCAUGGUGACGCGUCAACUAGAACCCACCAGCGGCGGGAUGGAGAGACAGGAGAGGAGCCGACCUCCUCAGGACAGGCGGCGGCUCGAAGACGACCUGCAGCUGGAGAAAAAGAUGAAGGAAAUGUUACAAGUGUCAAUAUUUGAACUGAAGAACACCUUUGCUGGUUUGGAAAAAAGACUAGAGAGCGUGGACGAUGAAGGUAAUGAAUGGAAAACGAGAUACGAAACCCAAACAGAACUGAACAAACAGUUAGAAAGACAGAUUCAUGUUCUUCAAGAAAAAUGUGAACAUAUUCGAGGCAAUCCAACUGAUAGACUUUCUUCGAUUCGCUCCUAUGAUCAAAUGCCUGCUAGCACCUUAAACCAAUACCUGAAACGUUUAGAUGAAGAAAAGGCUCUCUUACAAAACCAACUAAAAGAAUUUGAGCUUCGACUUGAACAAGAAACAAAGGCAUACUACAAAGUCAAUGAUGAAAGAAGAAUGUAUAUUUCUGAAAUCUCACAGACCUCAGUCACUCAAGAAGCUGCGAAGAAACCUCAGCCUGAUCCGGCUCGCGCCACAAGGGACAAACAGAUGCUUAAAGGGAAUUUCCAUUCUACAUCAAAUAAUAAAGCAAUGGGAAAAAAGAAGAUGACAAAAGCAAACGCUUCCAAAGUAAAAUAAUUUUCUAUGAGCCCAAUUUUUAUGACAAAUAGAUUCGUAAUUUAUUUA